AUUGUCAUGGUUCCAUGGAGGAUUGGGUUUCCUAUUCCAACCAUUGCUAUUACAUUAGUACUGAAAAGAAAAACUGGCCUGAGAGCCAGAUGGCCUGUGCUUCUAAGAAAUCUAAUCUACUUGUUAUAGAAAAUGAUGAAGAAAUGAACUUUAUAAAUUCCAUAUCAUCUCUUUCAUGGAUCGGUCUCAAUCGAAAAAGCACUAGUCAUGAUUGGUUUUGGAUAAAUGGUUCCGUUUUUCAAACGAACAAAAGGCUUUUAAAAAAGACUAAUCAUAACUGUGGUAUGCUAUACUCAAAUGCCCUUCACCCAGACGACUGUGAAAAUUCAAAAACAUACAUUUGUAAGUGUAAGCUUUAGUCUUAAAGCACUUGAUGUUGGACUUGUUCAAAUAUUUGGGCAAUGGAGAUAAUAUGAUGAUUGCAAAACUCUUAUAAAUAAUUGCAUUCUUUGUUGGACUGGAAAUUACAUUUGGAUCACUCCUGGACUUCAGCUUCCUCAACUGGCUGAUAUUCACCAGUAUAUUGUUCUGUAAUAAAAUAUAAUUGGGGGUAUAACU